AUGGCGGGAAAUUGCAAACCGUGCCGAAAUUGCGGCAAAGUCUUAGAUAUAAAGUAUAACUUUUGCUUCCACUGUGGCAGCAAAACCACUCAGAAAUGUAGAUGCGGGCAGACAAUUACGUACGAGUAUAAUUUUUGCCCCACAUGUGGUUUACAACAGACUGACAAAAGAUCUACAGAUCUACAGAGUUCCCCACAGCUUGGGACAGAAGAUCUUCUGUCCCAGCCGCAGCGGACGGAGCCGGCAGACAGGCAGCCCAAAAUUGGGAAGAAAGAUCUCGUAAUCCAUGCAGGGGUCAAGUACAAAGACAGUAUCAACUCAUACACAUUAGUACACAGAAAAUAUGGAGGAGGCAUCCAGAAGCUGCACAUAGACAGGAAUGCAUCUUAUGAAAAAUGUAUUGAUGAUAUCUGUGAGGCAUUUCAACUCUCAAAAACUAUUGAGAUGUUUCUGAUUGACAACUCAAACCAUAAAAUUGAUCCAGAUGGAUUUACUGUUGGAACAUUUGUAAAAUCAUAUGCUUAUCUUGGAGCAACAAGGUUAUAUUUGGCUGUAGAAACAUUUGAAACGUCAAGUUCUUCAGAUGAUUUAUUUGACCUUCUGCCGCCAAAUUUAACUCCUCAAAAGGAUGUGGAAAUGUUGCAUGAAACAAUAAAAACAGGAGAAACACCAAGAAGUGUUGAUGACAGCAGUACUGGUUACGAAAGUGGGGAAUUAGUGUUGCAUGAAACAAUAAAAACAGGAGGAACACCAAGAAGUGUUGAUGACAGCAGUACUGGUUACGAAAGUGGGGGAUUAGUGUUGCAUGAAACAAUAAAAACAGGAGAAACACCAAGAAGUGUUGAUGACAGCAGUACUGGUUAUGAAAGUGGGGGAUUAGUGUUGCAUGAAAUAAUAAAAACAGGAGAAACACCAAGAAGUGUUGAUGACAGCAGUACUGGUUAUAAAAGUGGGGGAUUAGUGUUGCAUGAAACAAUAAAACAGGACAAACACCAAGAGAGUUGAUGACAGCAGUACUGGUUACGAAAGUGGGGGAUUACUUGCCAUUGCCGAAACAGAAACACACAAGAAUGAGCUACAAAUAGUGAAAGCCAGCACUUGUACCUUAUCAUUAUCAUCUCUCAGCCAAGAUGACCUAACAAUGGUUAGAGCUCAGAACAUUAUACAGAAAUCUGUAACAGAUAAGAGAAGUGAUAAUAAAGAAGAAUCAUCUUUAUCAAAACCGGGUUAUACACCUCUUUAUUUCAAUAAUGUUAAGGUUAGAUAUUUUGUUGACAAGAAGUUUCAGAGUGGUGUAGAUCUUGAUAUUGUUGACAGUCAUUGGGGUCAGUUUGUUCUGGUCUCGGAUGAACUUUUAGAUGAAUUUUUUGAAAUGAGAAACUCUAUUGAUUUUCAACAUACCUACUAUGUGGACAUACCUUUGCUGUAUUUUUUGAAAAAUUCAAAAUUUAACACUAUCAAAUUAGAGUCUGUUUUGCCAAAUAUCAUUAAACUUGAUGAAACGGUCAGUGAUAGUUUUAAAGUUUGGUAUAGUAAAGUCAAAAGUAGUAUUAAAUGAUUUUUCAGGUUUUGCAUUGUUUGAAAGACUGGAGAAUAAUUAUGCAUUAGACAGAACUUGUGUGUGAUCACCAUUGCUUCUAGUCAUAUCUCAUCUAUAUCUUGUUUAUUUAGCCAAUCAUUGACAUAGCAUUGCGCUUAUGUAGAAUCAUUUUCAUGUUAUUCUUCAUUAGUUUAACCCAUACAUGAGUUGUAUUUUCUUGUUUUUUUCUUCUGGUACACUAUAUCUUGUUUAUUUAGCCAAUCAUUGACAUAGCAUUACGCUUAUGUAGAAUGACGUUCAUGUUAUUCUUCAUUAGUUUAACCCAUACAUGAGUUAUAUUUUCUUGUUUUUUCUCUGAUACACUAUAUCUUGUUUUAUUUAGCCAAUCAUUGAUAUAGCAUUACGCUUAUGUAGAAUGACGUUCAUGUUAUUCAUCAUUAGUUUUAACCCAUGAAUUUCAAUAUACCUACUAUGUGGACAUUCCUUUGCUGUAUUUUUUGAAAAAAUCAAAAUUUAACACUAUCAAAUUAGAGUCUGUUAUGCCAAAUAUCAUUAAACUUGAUGAAACGGUCAGUGAUAGUUUUAAAGUUUGGUAUAGUGAAGUCAAAAGUAGUAUUAAAUGAUUUUUCUGGUUUUGCAUUGUUUGAAAGACUGAAGAAUGAUUAUGCAUUAGACAGAACUUGUGUGUGAUCACCAUUGCUUCUAGUCAUAUCUCAUCUAUAUCUUGUUUAUUUAGCCAAUCAUUGACA